CCAGCUGCAGGCACUUUCCCGGCCCAGGCUGCGGUGCGGCCCAUAAUGCGAGUGUGAGAUGCUUCUCUGGGCUUAGGUGGUGACGAUACUCGCGUGGAUGUGGCUGUGUAGCAGGCGCUUCGUCUUCUACAAACAUUUUUAUAGGACUUACUCGCUCUGUUGAGGAGAUCGGCCCGGUCCCACAGCUUCCUACCCCUCGCCGCCCUCUUUGCGCCGCGGAGCGGCACCCUCAGAGACUGCGGGCCUGGCCCGGCGGGCAUGGAGGCCUUCAAUGGCGCCUCGCCGCUCAGCCGCGCGCUGGUGGAUCGCCUCCGCCAGGAGUACGAAAAGGUGGUCACUAGCUGCCAAGAAAAAAUCCAGCACUGGAAGAAGGUGGAGAGUGAUUAUGAGGCUCUUCAGGAUCAACUCCAUACAUUGCCCAAUAAACUGUCUUACGAUAUCAUGGUACCUUUUGGUCCUCUCGCCUUCAUGCCAGGAAAACUUCUCCACACCAAUGAGGUUACUGUUCUGCUUGGGGACAACUGGUUUUCAAAAUGCUCAACAAAGCAGGCUGUUGAGCUGGUUGAGCACAGAAGAAAAUAUGUAAGAAAAGUGUUGGAUGAUUUGCAAAAAGUCAUGAAGAAUUUUGAAUCACGGGCUGAAUUCAAAGAUCUGCAGAAAAUGAGUGAUGCUGCAGGUGAUUUUGUUGACAUAAGAGAAGAAAUUGAAGAUCAUAGUAUUGAAACAAAAGAAAAAUAUGGAACUGCUCACAAAGCUCACUCAAAGCCAAAAUUAUCAAAUGUUUUUGAAGUGGAUUUUCCAAUGAAUGGAAGUGAUACAAAAUUCAUGGGCCAUUUUCAGUCAGAGGAGGAACUGUGGGCCCACUUGGAAGAGCUUGAGAGACAAGAGCUUCUUGGUGAACUCGACAGGUACAGUGCUGCAGUAGCACUGUCAUGUUUGGAGCUCAGAAAGCUACAGGCGUGUGAUUCUGUUUGUACACAAAGGAUCUUGCAGAUGCCUAAUACAGUUGAGACAAAUGAAGAAGAUACAAGCUCCUCUGAAGAGAAAGAAGAUAAGAGGACAGAUCUGAAUGGGAUGUAUAGAGCAGAAGACUGUAUUACUCAGGGUGACUUCCAUAAAGAAGUAACAAAUUCAGACUUGUUUGGUGGCCAAGUUAACGGCUCUACUUUUUAUCACAGUGAUGAUGAAGAUGACAUAGAUAUUGGAGAUAACUCUGUUCCAACUAUUUUUUUCUCUCACACUGUCGAACCUAAAAGGGUAAGAAUAAACACAGGAAAAAAUACUACUUUGAAAUUCAGUGAAAAGAAAGAAGAGGCCAAGCGUAAAAGGCAGAACAGCAGUGGCAUUGGCCAUGCAACUCCAGAACUGCCUAACAUCAAAACCCCAGCAGACUUUUACCGAGUCUUUGUUGAUAUUGUGAAUGGAGAAUAUGUCCCUCGUAAAUCAAUUUUGAAGUCUCGAAGCAAAGAGAACAGUGUUUGUAGCAAUACCAGUGAUAACAGUGCUGCUGAGUUUGAUGAUAGACGAGGAGUUCAGAGGAGUAUUAGUUGUGAUGAAGCCACUCAGAGUGACAACAGCGAAAGCAUAUUGGAGGAGGAGGAGGCGGAGGGGCAGCAGCAGCUACCGAAAAAGCUUCCUUCCUCUUCAGGGACAACUGAGGCAUUUUCCGGAACUGUUAUAGGAAAAGAAUCUUUGUCUCCCUCCUUAAUUCCCCACCCAGUCAUUGCUCACCCUGUCCUGCCUACCAUUCUGGAGCAGAAAUCAGAGGAAGUCUUGUCCAAAGCAUCAGAAGAAACUCCAAAUAGGAUUUCAAAAUUCAAAGCUGCCAGGAUGCAGCAGCCCAGCUAGGUCCUGCUCAGCCAACCAGAUAUAUCUGGGCAUAUUUGUUGAGACUAUGUAGAACUGUAUGUGUGACAUCUCACUCCCUAAAAGAGUGUCCUCUUGUUAAUUUGGCAUUUGUUAUCCUCGAAACAUUUAUUGGCAAGUUUAAAAAAACAAAGGUUCAGUGUUUGAACACUUGAGUUUUCAUCUCGGUGGGUUUCCCUGUGUGCUGUCACCACCUUUAUGUAUGUUUGCUUUACAAGAGCAGCAGUUGGGUUCUUUUUCAAAAAACUGUUCCUUGCAUAUGUUGUUUUUGUAUUUAAACAUAAAUACAGGCAGUUUAGUGCCAGCUGUGAUGUUCUACAUACCAUAUGGACCAUUUUAAGGAAACUUUUCACAUUUCAAAUAGAUUCAUCAGUUACAUUGCAUUACUUUCUUUAGCAUUUUAAGACACUUGUAUUCACAUUGCCGUGGGGGUUGGACUAGAUGAUCUUUAGAGGUCCCUUCCAACCCUUGGGAUUCUGUGAUUCUGUAGGUUUUGCAACUAGGUGUCUGCUGAAAUUUUUUUCCUUCUUUCAAACAUCUCACUGUACAGAUCUAUAAAAUGUUCAUGUACAUUGCAGGGAAGUUUCUUUGAUGGAAAAGGGUAUUUUGUAAAAUUAAAUUUUCAGU